CGGCCCAGUGCGGGAGUAGAUUGGCUCUGGGGACGGGAAAGCUGUCGCCACCAGGCUCUUUCCUCUGCGGCCGGGCCCCCUUCUCUUCCGGCGGAGAGGUUAGUGCACUGCCUGCCCCGGCAGUCCGUGAGGCCCUGCGCGGGGGCCCCCGCCUGCCUGGAACCUCCGCGUGACAGUGUCACCGGGACCGCCGUGGUGCUCUGCGCGUAACGUGCUCUUUGGUCCACUUAGCGGGGAGUGAAAAGCACUCAGCCCACACACACUUACGGAACGCUCCUCUGAGCCGGUGCAAAGCGGUAACUGCGCAGGUGAAGUAGCUUUGAAGUUAAGGGAUUGGAAGAAACGCUGUAGGAUCGCUUAUGAUCUGGCCACUACUCCUUGUCAGUGCUGAUCGCUGAGGCAGCUCUCUCCCGCCUCCCCUGAAGCUGCACUUGUUUGUCAGCUUGGGAUGUGGUCAUGUCAGCCAGACUUCUCCAUGCCCUGGCCGGAUCGCACUGCGUUUUAUCAAAAGCAUGUCAGCGCCAAAGACUGGUUCAUCGAACAGGAAAACCACUUAAGGAACUUGAGAGUGCAACACGCGGCGCCCUGGCGAGAAGUCAAACCUUGGAUUUGUUCUUUCCUGAUACCGCAGCCGGUGGUUUGAAAGAGUCCCGGGUCCUGGAAAUGAACCCGAACACAUCAAACACAAGCAUGUUCUCUGCAUCCAGCACUGCACGUUGCCACGGUGAACAAGCACGCCUCCCCACCAGGAAGUCUCUGGGCCCGCACCGGAUGACUCACAAACCAAAUCGAUUAGGUCCUAAGUGGUUUAUAAAAAUCAUCGAGAGGCAUUGCUCAUCCACGUCAACAGAAACGCUGGUUCCUAAACAAGACUUUCCGCAGAUCAAGAGAUCACUAAAAGCUUCGAGGACCCGGCAACCGUCCAGGACCAACCUUCCGGUUCUGUCCGUGAACGAGGGCCUGAUGCACUGCACGGCGUUUGCAACUGCGGAUGAGUAUCACCUGGGCGCGCUCUCUCAAGACCUGGCCUCCCAAGGAUAUGUGGAAGUGACAAGCCUGCCUAGAGAUGCAGCCAAUAUUUUGGUGAUGGGUGUGGAAAACUCUGCAAAAGAAGGUGAUCCUGGAACAAUAUUCUUCUUCAGGGAAGGAGCUGCUGUGUUCUGGAAUGUAAAAGACAAAACUAUGAAGCAUGUGAUGCAGGUUCUGGAGAAGCACGAAGUGCAGCCCUACGAGACCGCCCUGGUGCACUGGGAGAACGAGGAGCUCAACUACAUAAAAACAGAGGGGCAGUCGAAACUGCACCGAGGAGAAAUCAGGUUAAACUCAGAGCUAGAUGUGGAUGACGCCAUCCUAGAGAAAUUCGCCUUCUCCAAUGCUCUCUGCCUUUCAGUGAAACUGGCUAUUUGGGAAGCAUCACUGGAUCAAUUUGUGGAAUCUAUUCAGUCAAUUCCAGAGGCUUUAAAAACUGGGAGGAAAGUGAAACUAUCUCACGAAGAAGUUAUGCAGAAAAUGGGUGAACUCUUUGCCCUCAGACACCGUAUAAACUUGAGUUCAGACUUCUUGAUCACUCCAGAUUUCUACUGGGACAGAGAAAACCUGGAAGAACUUUACGAUAAAACUUGUCGGUUCCUAAGCAUCACUCGUAGAGUUAAGGUCAUGAAUGAAAAACUUCAGCACUGCAUGGAGCUGACAGAUCUAAUGCGGAAUCACCUGACAGAGAAGAGGGCACUCCGCCUGGAGUGGAUGAUCGUCAUCCUCAUCACCAUAGAGCAUUCUACCAAGAGAACAGACAUCCAUACACCUACCAAUGACUCCAUUUGCUGUGCCUGUGAGAAGGUGACCAUCCUGGUGUCUUUUGCAGCACUUGGCAAGAGUUCUCAAGUAGCAGUCUUCUGAGGUAUUUAUACCCCAAGGGCAUCAAAG